AUGAAACAAGCUAUAGAACGAAGAAAAGUGUGUCUUGCAGGAAUAGAAAUGCAAAGUGAAGAAAAUCAAUGCUGGAAAGAAGAAACCAGACAUGAGAAUAUACCUGGAAUGCCACCACAUAAUCUUCGAUUAAAGAUUGGUUCCCCUAUUAUUCUCCUCCGUAAUUUGAAUCCGCCUCAAUUAUGUAACGGUACGCGUUUGGUCAUCAAAAAGAUCACCGGUAACAUUCUUGAAGCAACCAUUUUGGCUGGGAAGUUUAAAGGAAAAGUGGUUUUGCUGCCACGUAUUCCGAUGAUACCAUCAGAUUCUACCAUACCCUUCAAAAAGCUACAGUUUCCAAUUCGUUUAGCUUUCGCCAUGUCUAUAAAUAAAUCUCAAGGUCAAACAAUGUCCAUUUCUGAGAUCAGACUAUGUGCUCUUCUGGCGGAAUACAAUUUACCAAUAAUACUAAUGGAUCAUUUGCCUCAGUUGUGUGCUUCUGCAUUUCCGGAUUCAAAAAUUGCAAAUGGUCGAGGCUACGACCGUGAUAAACAAUGUCAUUGGUGUGUGGCAGAACAUUGUGUAAAAGAUAAUUUUUGGAUAUUUGUUGAAGUUGAAGAUGCUAAAGCUCAGUCAAUUUACAAUAUUUUGAUUGAAAAUUUUACUAAAUAUGGGAUACCCUAUAAGCAAAACUUGAUCGGAUUUGCUUCAGAUGCAAUAUUAAGAAAUGAUAUCUCGGGGUUAUUUGUUAUGAAAUGUAGCUGCCAUUCCUUUCAUUUAUGUGCAUCUAAUGCUUGCCGUAAGUUACCCACACAUUUAGAAGAUUUAGCGAGAGAUAUCCCCAAUUACUUCAAUAAUAGUCCAAAAAGAAAAGUAGAAUACGUACAAUUUCAACAUUUUUGUAACGUUAAAAUCCAUAAGUUGCUCCAUCCCUCUCAAACACGAUGGUUAUUUCUUGAAAGUAUUGUUAAAAGGAUAUUAGAGCAAUAUGAACCUUUGAAAUUAUACUUCAUUGAUGUAGUAAGUGGUAAAAAUGACGUUUUAAUAGCCGAAAACAUCUCAUAAAAAUUACAAAAACCACAGAACAAAUUAUAUUUUCAGUUUUUGAAUUAUGUUCUGCCAUUUUUCAUUCAUUUAAAUCGGGAGCUGCAAUUCGAAUCUCCAAAAAUUCACCUAUUAUAUGAAAAAGUAGAACCUGUGAUACAAAGCCUGUUUAAUUGUUUCUUUAAAAAUCCAAAAAAAGUUAAACAAGGAGAUAUUCCAUCAAUAGUUGUCCUGUUAUUUCCUCACAUCAUUAAUGAGAGUGAACUUCAAAAAUUAGAUCAUGAAUGGAGAUUACUAAAAAACUCUAAGGAAGUGCAGGGCUUCAGCAACAAUUUAGAGCCAUUCUGGCAAUCAGUAAAACAAAUAACGUUAGGAAAUGAGGCGCCAUUAUUUCCAACACUGUGCAAUUUGUGGAAAAUCUCCUAUGCUUACCACAUUCAUCGGCAAAUUGCGAAAGAGUUUUUGCAAGCUACAACUUGUUGAAAACAAAAGU